AUGCUGCCGCGCACCACUCCAUCCCAAUCCAAGCAUUGCCUGGAGUUCGGUCUCGAGAUUGUCUCCCGGGAUAAAUACGGCAAUUUGACGCACAAGGAAUCAUGGGAGGCGUACCAGCAUUGCUCGACGUCAGCGAAGAUGGCGUACUUCAAAGACAAGGUCCAAAGCGCCAACACACUGCACAUCCACAUGGACCUGACCAGUGAAACGAUCGAUUACACGAUCAAGGCACCCAUCGUUCAGACGAUCAUCGGAGAGCUGUUCUUCAACACCGAGGUGAUCGAGGCGCACAGCGACGACGAAGCGGAAGAGGACGUGGCGUCAGCAGCUUUCCACAGAAUUGCCAAGCUAUCCAAGCAGAAGAAACACGCCAUGUUGUUGUUUAAGCCGGCAGAGCUAGCAGCGGAGGGGGCGGCGUCUUACACGGUGACGAUCAAGAAUCCAAUGCGAUACCAUUUAGUGAUUGAUCAUGUUGGUGCAUGUAUUUCGUUUAAGCAGACGGAUCUCGCAAUCGGAAACGCCAAAAACCGGGCCCAACUGUUAAAGCUGGCCGGCAUCAACGACCUCAUUGUCGGCAAGUUCGUCCGGGUGCACGUCGCAGUCGCGCUGCAACGUAUUGCCGACAUGCUCAGCAACGAAGACCAGCUCUGGGCGUUCUCUUUGGCCGGUGACGUCAGCACACACCGCGGACAUUCAUUCUUCGACCUACGCCUGCGCUUGUACUGGCACGGCCGGCAUCUCAACCUGCAUCUGGUCGCGCUCCCCAUGUUCGACCGCCACACCGCCGAGAACAUGUUCAAUACGAUUGCCAAGCUCAUGGACGCGCUCUUCCCGAAUUGGCGGGCCAAGUUGAUCGGCGUGUCGAGAGACGGCGAGAAUACGAUGACCGGGCGCCACCGCGGCCUCGUCAUGAGGCUGGUGUCGGCUGUCGAGUACAAUGUCCUGCGCGUCUGGUGCGCUCCCCACCAGAUCGACAUCAUUGCCAAGCAGAGUGCCGACGGAAUCGACGGCGGGGCGUGGAUAAAGUUUGCCUAUUCCUACACCGUCUACCUGCGCGCUCAGAACAAUCUGAUCAUCGAAAUGGGCGUCAAGCGCCCCAAAAAGACGAACCGCUGGGUGCAUCUCGAAAACGUGCUUAAAUUUUAA